GUGGCUCUGUUCGCCGCGGCCUCUCCCACCGGCCUGAUGAGCUGCAGCGGCUCUGGCGCGGACCCCGAGGCGGCGCCGGCCUCUGCCGUCUCGGCCCCAGGCCCGGCGCCCGCGGUCUCGACUCCCGCCGCACUGCCUGCAGGCACCGCUGCAGAGAACAAGGCCAGCCCCGCGGGGACAGCCGGGGGGCCCGGGACCGGAGCCGCGGCGGGGGGCGCGGGACCUGUGGCGGCGCGGGCCGGGGAGCCUGCGGAGCGGCGCGGGGCGGCUCCGGUGUCUGCGGGCGGCGCGGCGCCCCCCGAGGGGGCCUUGUCUAAUGGCGUCUACGUGCUGCCGAGCGCGGCCAACGGCGACGUGAAGCCGGUGGUGUCCAGCACGCCGCUGGUGGACUUCUUGAUGCAGCUGGAGGACUACACGCCUACGAUCCCAGAUGCAGUGACUGGCUACUACUUGAACCGCGCAGGCUUUGAGGCUUCAGACCCACGCAUAAUACGGCUCAUCUCCCUAGCUGCCCAGAAAUUCAUCUCAGAUAUUGCCAAUGAUGCCCUUCAGCACUGCAAAAUGAAGGGCACAGCCUCUGGCAGCUCCCGAAGCAAAAGCAAGGACCGCAAGUACACUCUAACCAUGGAGGACUUGACCCCUGCCCUCAGCGAGUAUGGGAUCAAUGUGAAGAAGCCGCACUACUUCACCUGAGCCACCCAGUCAAAAUGUACUUAUCUGUCCCCUUGUCCCAACACCAGCCUGUUUUCAUAAUAAACUUUAUUGUGACAGGCA